AUAGUAGUAUAACUUCCCGUUUUUGUUUUGUUUUAAAACCACACAGUAAACCAACGUGAGUUUCACUUCAAUAAGAACAUGAAGACACUUCCUACUGCGACUGGAACGUAAAAUGUACAUCAAAUAAAAGAACGAUAACUAUCAGCAAUGGUUACUAGGAGAGAGUGUUCUAGUCGUCGUAACGCGCGAUGUACAAAAUUCAUAUCGAUCGACAUUAUCAAAACUGUCAGAAAUGUACUGUAACCGUAAUUGUAUCUAUGUUCUUCAACAAUAGGGGAUCAAUCCUUUGUCUUCCAACGAAUAUCCAACAAGCGACAGUUUUAGAAAGAGAUGAUUUAUAUUUUAUGAUGUGCAUCCUAACUGAAAUUGGUAAUCCCUUAACAGAACGAUUACGUCAUUUUCUUAUAGGUAUGUACAUAUGUAACUACCGUAUAAACUGCUAAUACAAUAACACCAGCAAUCAAACAGUUUUGCCGCGAUACAAUAAAUGAAAUAAUAUGAAAAUACUGUCAUUAAGUUUCUCUACACUUUACCGAAUCAAUUUACUACCAUUUGAUACUUUGGAUCUAUAAAGAAUCACUUCAUGCAUUCGGCACGGCAUGUCAGUUUUAUUGAGUUUGUGGUUCCGUGCGUUGCGUUUCUUUACAAGUCGUUGUUUCGAAAUUUGGAAACAUGGACGUAUUUCAGAAAACCGGGGAACAGUAUCCCGAUAUAUAUGACAUUCCUUAUUAUAACAUGAUCAAGAAGUAUUUGAGAUUUGUGGGCCUAGAUCCACACCAAAAAAAUGGAUUGAUCACUGUAAUUAUAAUGAUGACUAGUAUAACAACCGUACUUAUUCCAAUGUCAAUCGCAUUGUACGAAUCAUUAUACACCAAGAAUCUGGAUGUGAUGCUGGAGUGUUUGCCACAUUUAGCUGCAAUUGUGACCAGUUUCGUUAAAAUAAUGAAUGUCUAUCUCAACAGAGAAAAUUUUAGAAAAUUGUUCGAUUCUAUAACGAAAGAAUGGCAGCAGCUGAAAUUAAGUCAAGAUUUGUACAUUUUGGAAGAAGUCACCAUACGAGGCAGCAAAAUGGCGAAAUUGUACCGAAAUACAUUAAUGGUAUUUAUGGUACUCUUUUUACUCGUUCCACUGAUUUCUCCUAUGAUGGAUAUCCUUCUUCCACUAAACGAAACUCGACCACGACAACAACUACUUAAUGUUAAUUACGUGCUUUUUGAUAGCCAUAACUAUUUUUUCUGCGUGUACUUACAGUUAUCUUGGGCGGCAAUAGUAGUUUCAAUAAGCAUAGUUACCGUAGAUUCUUUAUUGAUGCUUAUAGUUCACCACAAUAGUGGACUAUUUAUAGUAUGUGGGCAUCAAAUCCAGAAAAAAACAAGGCACUUAAAUUCAUUCACUAAUGAAGCAAUGACGGAACAUUACACAUAUAAAGAGAUCAGAAAUUGCGUGAUCAUGCACACUAAAGCCAUAGACUUUUAUGAUAUAUUAGAUGAAAACAAUCGACUUAGCUAUAUGAUUCAAAUUGGACUAACUAUGAUUGGUAUAACCACAACUGCCGUUCAAACAGUCAUUAACUUAGAUAGACCGGGAAUAUCAAUUAAAAGCGCUGUAUUGUGCGGAGCUAAUCAGUUUCAUUUAUUUAUGCUCAGUUUACCUGGACAGAUACUUGUAGAUCAUUGCACCGAACUAACGAAACAAUUAUACGGUUCUACAUGGUAUGGAGUACCAGUAAAAACUCAAAAAAUGCUUUACAUGAUGCAAAUAAGAACUAGAAGCCCAUGUACAUUAACUGCGUGUGGAUUGUACCAAAUGAACAUUGAGAACUUUGGAACUACCUUCAAAACCUGCAUAUCGUACAUUACGAUGAUGUUGUCAUUGAAAGGAUGAAGUUCACUGUUACCUCUAUAUCCGUUGCAUUUUAUACUUGGACUGAGUAAGCAUGAAGAUGAUAUAAUAACCGAUAUAAUAGUUUGUCAUUAUAUCGAACGUACAAAUAAAAUUAAUAAAUCACGAUGAUUAGUUGAUAUACUUUAAUUCGCAAGUAAUACUGUGUACCUUCCUAAAAAUUACUAUACUGGACCUUUUUAAAUAUCGCCCGAAAGUACAA